AUGUGCGCACAAGAUGCUUUUCAGACACAGAGAAGCCAGCUGGUGGAGUUGCUGGUCUCAGGGUCCCUGGAGGGCUUUGAGAGUAUUGUGGACCGGCUGCUUUCCCGGGAAGUCCUCUCCUGGGAGGACUAUGAGGGGCUUAGCCUCGUGGGCCAGCCCAUCUCCCACUUGGCCAGGCGCCUCCUGGACACCAUCUGGAAUAAGGGUGCUUGGGGCUGUGAACAACUGACUGCAGCUGUGCAGGAGGCCCAGGCCGACAGCCAGCGCCCCGAGCUUCCCAGCUCCUGGGACCCCCACUCACCCCACCCAGCCCGUGACCUGCAGAGUCAUCGGCCAGCCAUUGUCAGGAGACUCUACGGCCACGUGGAGGGUGUGCUGGACCUGACACAGCAGCGGGGUUUCAUCAGCCAGUAUGAAACUGAUGAAAUCAGGCGGCCCAUCUUCACGUCAUCCCAGCGGGCAAGAAGGCUCCUUGAUCUCGCCACAGUGAAGGCGAAUGGGUUGGCUGCCUUUCUUCUACAGUGUAUUCAGGAAUUACCGGUCCCAUUGGCCCUGCCUUUUGAAGAUGCUGCCUGUAAGAAGUACAUGUCCAAACUGAGGACCGUUAUAUCAGCUCAGUCUCGUUUCCUGAGCACCUAUGAUGGAGCAGAGAAUCUUUGCCUGGAAGAAGUGUAUACAGAGAAUGUUCUGGAAAUCCAGAUGGAGGUGGGCAUGGCUGGACCUUCGCAGCAGAGCCCUACCACCCUAGGCCUGGAGGAGCUCUUCAGCACCCGUGACCAUUUUAACAAAGAGGCAGACACUGUGCUGGUGGUGGGCGAGGCAGGCAGCGGCAAGAGCACGCUCUUGCAGCAGCUGCACCUGCUCUGGGCUUCAGGGCAGGCCUUCCAGGAAUUUCUCUUCGUCUUCCCGUUCAGCUGCCGGCAGCUGCAGUGCCUGGUGAAACCGCUGUCCGUGCAGACGCUGCUCUUCGAACACUGCUGUUGGCCCGACCUUGGCCCCCAGGAUAUCUUCCAGGUCCUCCUUGACCACCCUGAGCGCAUCCUCUUAACCUUCGACGGCUUUGAUGAGUUCAGGUUCAGGUUCACGGAUCAGGAGCGUCACUGCUGUCCGACUGCCCCCACGUCAGUCCAGAGUCUGCUCUUCAACCUUCUGCAGGGCAACCUGCUAAAGAACGCCUGCAAGGUGUUGACCAGCCGUCCAGGCGCGGUAUCAGCGAGCCUCCGAAAGCACGUGCGCAUAGAACUCAGCCUCAAGGGCUUCUCGGAAGAGGGCAUCGAACUGUACCUGAGGAAGCGGCAUCGCGAGCCUGGGGUGGCUGACCGCCUCCUCUGCCUGCUCAGAGCCACCUCAGCCCUGCACGGUCUGUGCCACCUGCCCGUCUUCUCCUGGAUGGUGUCCAAAUGCCACGAGGAGCUGUUGCUGCAGGGCCGGGGGACCCCAAAGACCACCACGGAUAUGUACCUGCUGAUCUUGCGGCACUUUCUGCUGCACGCUUCCCCCCCACCCUUAGCCACCCAUGGCCCAGGACCCAGCCUGAUUCAGGGCAGGCUCCCCACACUCCUGCACCUUGGCCACCUGGCUCUCUGGGGCCUGGGCACGUGCUGCUACGUGUUCUCAGCCAAACAGCUGCAGGUGGCACACGUCGAUAGUGAGGACCUUUCUCUUGGCUUCCUGGUGCAUGCCAAGAGGGUUGUACCCGGGAGUACAGCCCCCCUGGAAUUUCUGCAUAUCACUUUCCAGUGCUUUUUUGCUGCAUUCUACCUCGCCCUUAGUGCCGACACCCUGCCAUCCUCCCUCAGACAUCUCUUCCAAGGUCACAGGCCUGGAAGCUCGCCGCUGGCCAGGGUGCUGCCCAAAUGGUUCCUGCGGGGCUCCCGAUGCAAAGAGGGCAGUGUGGCUGCUUUGCUGCAGGGGGCCGAGCCGCACAACCUCCAGAUCACAGGGGCCUUCCUGGCAGGGCUGUUGUCCCAGGAGCACCGGAGCUUGCUGACCGAGUGCCAGGCCUCUGAGACGGCCCUGCUCCGGCGCUGGGACUGUGUCCGGCGGUGUCUGACCCGCAGCCUCUGCGAGCACUUCCGCUUCAUCCCACCUGCCGUGCCGGGUGAGGCCAAGAGCAUGCACGCCCUGCCCGGCUUCCUCUGGCUCAUCCGGAGCCUGUACGAGAUGCAGGAGGAGCGGCUGGCGCGGGAGGCCGUGCGCAGGCUGAACGUCGGGCACCUCAAGCUGACCUUCUGCAGUGUGGGCCCGGCCGAGUGUGCCGCCCUGGCCUUCGUGCUGCGCCACCUCCGGCGGCCUGUGGCCCUGCAGCUGGACCACAACUCUGUGGGUGACAUCGGCGUGGAGCAGCUGCUGCCUUGCCUGGGCGUCUGCAAAGCUCUUUACUUGCGAGAUAACAACAUCUCAGACCGAGGCAUCUGCAAGCUGGUUGAACAUGCUCUUCGCUGUGAGCAGUUGCAGAAGUUAGCUCUAUUCAACAACAAGUUGACCGAUGGCUGUACACACUCCAUGGCCAGGCUCCUUGCGUGCAAGCAGAACUUCUUGGCUUUGAGGCUAGGAAACAACCACAUCACGGCCGCGGGAGCCGAGGUGCUCGCCCAGGGUCUCAGAACUAACAACUCCUUGCAGUUUUUGGGGUUCUGGGGCAACCAGGUGGGUGACGAGGGGGCCCAGGCCUUGGCUGCAGCCUUGGGUGAUCACCAGAGCUUGAGGUGGCUCAGCCUGGUGGGGAACAACAUUGGCAGCGUGGGUGCUCAAGCCUUAGCAUUGAUGUUGGAAAAGAAUAUGGCCCUGGAAGAACUCUGCCUGGAGGAGAACCACGUCCAGGAUGAAGGUGUAUGUUUCCUCGCCAAAGGACUUGCAAGAAACUCAAGUUUGAAAGUCCUGAAGCUGUCUAACAACCACAUCACCUCCCUUGGGGCAGAGGCCCUCCUGUGGGCCCUUGAAAAGAAUGACACCAUUCUGGAAGUCUGGCUCCGAGGAAACACUUUCUCUCCAGAGGAAAUUGAGAAACUCAGCCACCAGGAUACCAGACUCUUGCUCUGAUGUCUCCAGGCCAGCGUUCAGCUCAGUGUGUUUGGGAAGAGGCCAUGGGUUUGGAUCCCAGGAUGGGACGACAUCUGAGAACAGCCCACUCAGAUGGAACCCGGAUCUGCCCAGGGCCAACCCAAUAGGUCACCUUUGUUCUAGCACAGGAAAGCACAUCAGUGCCCUGUGGAGUAGACUUCACUGAGUCUCAACUUUGCCAUCAACUUCUUGCCAAGACUCAAUCCUGGGAUGUUGAAGAGGGGCAGCCUGCCUGUACAGGAUGGGGCUGAUCUCAAGUCAAGGUGACCUGCGUCAGGGAGGCCCACGGAUGCCACUGAGUAUUUAUGGGUGUAGAGAGCUCCCCACGAGGAGGGAUACUUGGGAAGUAACUGUUUGCUUUGUCUUAGCUCGUGGUCAUCCAUCAGGUUGUUCUCUACAUCAGGUUUGUCCACUCAUCCUGGACCCUUCACAUGGCACUUCCUCUGUGGUUGAGAUCCAGAAUGUAGGCAUUCUCACCUUUGAUCUUUCCCUUGUACACUGGCCCUGCUCCCACCUUCCCAUCCACCUCAACCCUCCCUCCAUCCAGGGUGGGAGGGGCUACAACUCACCCUGCUCUCCUUCUGGUACUUAAGACAGUAUUGAAAGGGGACAGGUGACAUACAUGUGUUCCUCAAGACAUUCUAGAGUUUCAAGAAAAAUAUGACUGCCCAGCAACUGGACUUUUAUUUCCAGUGAAAUCAAUUACUCUUCAGUUAAACCUUUGGGAACAACUCCUUAUCCAAAUGCAACUUUUAAAAUUAACCUAGGCCAGAAUUUUGAACACCACCAGGUCUCUGAUGCCUGUGAACUGAACUCUGGCAGCAGACUUCCAAAAUAUAUUCAUAAGAGAUGGUUUGGUUUUGUUUUUGCUAGGCUGCUUUAGGAUAUAAAGUUAUAGAUCAAAAGUUUACAGGACAAAAUCAAAGGCCCUUCCUUAUAAAACAAAUGUUUUUCUCUGAAUUUUUCAGAAGCUUCUGUAAACUGUCAGGUGCUGGGCAAGUGUUAUUAUUCUCAACACUGUUAUUUGUGGAAAACUGGUUAAUGUUUAUAAACUACUUUGUUUUAUUCUCCCUAGUUCAUGAUUUUAUUAAAAAAAAAAAAUGACCAUGAAUGUUAUGCUGUAAAUAAUCACAGAAGAUAAAACUAUUGAGUCA